AUGGUUCCUGAUGAAAAGGACCGAGGAUUUCCCGCAGCAUUCUUGCUCAGUGGUUCGAUGACCACUGUGGACGUUGCUAAGUUGUUCGAUGUCUUUCGGCAGCUGAUGCCCGAAUGUGAACCUCAGACUUUGGUGACAGACGAAGCCGCGUGCUUCUGGAAUGGCUACCGCCUGCUGUUCUCCACAUCACACACACGACUGCACUACUGCAGGAUGCAUAUGUCUUAG